AUGCGGUGUACAAGUUGCAACCGUAAGGGCCAUACCGCUCGAUACUGCAGAUCUCAACCCCAACCGAACCAACAGCCAAACCACAACAACAACAACAACUGCAACAACAAUAAUGUUGGGGCUAGUCAAACUUAUUAUGGAUGUGGAGGAACCAGUCAUUUUAGACGCAAUAGCCCUAAAGCCAACAACCAAGGGGCAAGAGGAUCAGGAAGGGUCCUGACGUUGGGUCAAGGUGAAGCAGUUCAAGACCCGACAAUUGUUACUGGUACGUUCCCACUUGACAACACUUACGCAUGCAUUUUAUUUGAUAGUGGAGCCGAGCAGAGCUUCAUUAGUAACAAAUUCAAACACUUACUUAAACAACAACUCCAGAAGCUAAACGAAGCCUUGACGGUGGAGAUGUUUACAUAG